AGAGAGUCGUUAUAGAAAAUAGCGGUUUUGCGGUUCAUGCCAACGACCCUCUCCUCCAAUAUUUUUAUAAGUUAGUUCAUAAUUAAUCGAAUGCAAGUACUACUUGUACUAAUAUAUAUAUACAAAUUAAAAACCACUUCCUCCCAAUAUGUAAGAAGAAGAAGAAGAAAAAAAAGAACACUAGUGAUUAAAGUUUUGUUAUUAUUAUUAUUAUUUUGUGAUGUUUUUAUAUCUAAUUAUUUAAGAAGAGUGUUGUUAUAUGAAGGGUGGGGAUCGAAUUAAGGGUUCGUGGAGCCCACAAGAAGAUGAGACUCUGAAAAAGCUAGUGGAACAACAUGGCCCACGAAACUGGUCCGUAAUAAGCACAGGCAUAAUUGGUCGCUCCGGUAAAUCUUGCCGAUUGAGGUGGUGUAAUCAGCUGUGCCCGAGUGUACAGCACCGUCCUUUUACGCCAGAAGAAGAUUCCAUGAUCAUCCAGGCCCACGCAGCCCACGGAAACAAGUGGGCCACCAUAGCCAGACUCCUCCCAGGCCGUACAGACAACGCCAUCAAGAACCACUGGAAUUCCACUCUCCGCCGAGGCCGCCGCGCCGGAGAUAAGUUCUCCUCCUCCUCCUUUACGUCUGAUUCUGAUUCCGUUUUUCCGAAGGCCCUGUCAGUUGGAGGAUCGGAAUCUUCUGAGUCGGAACCUGAGCCGGCGAUGAAGCGGCAGUGCUUGUUGCGAUCUUCGCCGUUGGAGAGCAAUAAUGUUAUCAAUAGCGAAGGAGUGGGUGGGAUCGUGACCUCGCUUACGCUAUCGCCGCCGGGGGAGAGCUCGGUGUCGGCGGCGGAGGUUAAGUUAAACAACGUUGUUUUGAAGAGGGAGGAGGAGUCGCUGAUGUUCGCGGCGAGUGGUGGUCAUCGGGAGAGGUGUACGGCGAAGAUCGGAGAAACGUGUUGGAUUACAGAUAUUCAGCGAAUGAUUUCUAAAGAGGUGAAGAAUUACAUUGAUACUUUACGGGCCCAAGAUGGGCUUGCAAUUGGGCUUCAGGCCUCGGUUGAAAAAAGGUCCUCUCUAUAAUUAAUUAAGUAAAGAAUUUAGGUUACUAUUAAUUAAUUUGUUUCUCCAGAGUCAUUAGUUUAUCUGUCAAUAUCACUUUUUUUUUUCCUUUCAGUUUGUCAGUUUCUGAUGCGUGUAAUGAUAAUUGGCCAUUUAAUUUAGUCGAGUUUUUAUGAUCA